UAAUGUGGGAUGGUAGGGACAUGUUCCUCUAGGCUGCCAUUUCUUCCAAGGAUACCAGAUUUGCACUGAGUGUACAUGCAUAUAAAUGCAUACGUCAUACCGUCGUAUUCAAUGUUUACCAUAAACAAACGCAUCGCUACUGACAUUGAUAAGAAAUGUCGAUUUUGUAAAUACAAAUCAUGAACAAAGAGCACUGUUUGUCAACCUCAGCGUUAUUACAUUCUGGAUUAGUGAAUGUGUUUAAUCAAAAUCGGUGAUAAAAGAUACGAGCGACAUUUGGAAUUAUCCCAAAUAAAUGUGAAACAAAGUCUAAACAAUUUGUUAAUUCUUAAAUAAUUCAUAUGAUUAAAAAUUGGCUGUACGUCAAAUAAUUGUGAAAUUUAUCAAGACAAGUUCAUCAUGCUUUAAAUUAAAGAACCAAGCGGUAAAUGUGUCGACUGUAUCUGUGACAUUCUGAUCAAUGGUGCUGUCUGGAUUAGUUUAUUUACAAAUACAUACUGCCAAUGUAUGGUUCUGUUUGACAAUAAAACUAUGAUAUUCAUUAUAUAUUUACAUUAUGUAUAAUAAACGCACUAAAAAAUUGUGAUAUCUGACUUUGAUAAUCCAAAUACUAAAUUUCUAAGAAUUAAAAUAAUUUUAUAUCAUAAAUGAUGACUGCAAAAAAUGUAGCUGAGUGGACACAACAAGAUGUGGCAAAAUGGCUUAAUGAAGCUGGACACAAAAAUUUUGUUGAUUUAUUUGACUAUGAAGACAUUGAUGGCAAGGUGUUGUUAACUUUGAAAGAAGAUGAUGUGAAGUCGAUAUGUCACAAUGAAAGAUACAAAUUUGGAGACAUUAAAAGACUAUAUAUUAAUAUAAAGCAAUUGCAAAGAGAUAAUAUGGCAGUAUUAUUUGAAUUAGGAUACAUCGACAUAUAUCCUUCACCUAAUUUUUACAGUCAUCAUAAGCAUGAAAUGCCUAUUAAGGGUAUAAAUAAUGAGAACUCUAUCGAACAUGAAUUUUGUUCAGCAUCUGUCUCAGAAGAUGGACAUGCGUCACAUUUACCACCAGAAAUCUGGAAGGCUUUCAUUAGUUUGGCUUAUUUAUUUAUUGUUACAUGGAUUACUGCCUUUGUGAUGGUCAUUGUUCAUGAUAGAGUUCCAGAUAUGAAAAAAUAUCCUCCAUUACCUGACAUAUUUUUAGAUAAUGUUCCACAUAUUCCUUGGGCAUUUGAUAUGUGUGAAGUUACAGGAACCAUACUUUUUGCAAUAUGGCUUAUUGUAUUAAUUUUCCACAAAUACAGGUUUAUCUUACUACGAAGAUUUUUUGCUUUAUCUGGUACAGUCUUCCUUUUAAGAUGCGUUACAAUGCUUAUUACUUCCUUAUCAGUACCAGGUGCACAUUUGCAAUGUCAACCACGUAAGGUUCCUGAAGAUUGGACAAGUUCUGCAUACGUAGAAUUGUAUAAUAAGAUUGCUAUGGCUUAUGUUAUAUGGCGUGGUGCUGGUAUGUCUAUCCAAGGUGUUAGAACUUGUGGUGAUUAUAUGUUUAGCGGACAUACUGUUGCCCUUACCAUGUUAAAUUUUUUCAUUACAGAAUAUACACCGCGACAAUUGUACUUCUUACAUACCUUUACCUGGAUGCUCAACAUGUUUGGUAUAUUCUUCAUUUUAGCCGCACACGAACAUUAUUCUAUUGAUGUUUUUGUAGCCUUUUAUAUUACUUCUCGACUGUUUCUUUAUUACCAUACGUUAGCAAAUAAUCAAGCAUUGAUGCAACGUGAUUCCAAUAGGACCAGAAUUUGGUUUCCAUUAUUUAGUUUUUUUGAAUCUUCCGUUGAUGGCAUUGUACCAAACGAGUACGAAUCACCGUCGUUGAUUAUUUGUAAUUUGGUGGGUACAGGGAAAGAUAUAUGGAAUUUGGUACGAUCUUCAAUUUGCUUCCGUAAAUCAUGGCGCAAUAUAAAUGGUAGUAUAAAAACUAGCACAAAGAAAGAACACUAGCCAAUUUAUUGAUUGUAUCAGUUUUAUAUUUAUUUGAUAAUAGAUUUUUGAGAAUAUUAACUUUGUUUAACAGUUCUCUUUGUAUUUAAAGUAACAAAGAAGAUUAUUUUAGCAAAGAAGAUUAUUAUAUAGUAAGUAUUUAUUUUUCUAAGUGAAACUAUUAACGAGGUUAAUAAAAUGACCUGACUGUUAUCUAAACGAGUUUUUGUUAUUUAGAGUUUUCUAAUGUUUAUGUAGUAGUUAUUUAUAAGAGUUCUUUCGAACUGUACUGCGGCCUUUCGAAACAAAGAUUUAUCUAAUAAAACAUUACAUUAUUUUUAUUAAUGCUAAUUUUACUUUUUUGAAUUUAUUUUUAAAAUUGUAUUUAUGUUAUUCAAGAGAAAUGUUUAUUUCUUUCGGACAAAUACAAUUGGCUGUACUGUUACUAUGCUGUUGCAAUGUAUAAACUUUUAUGAAAUAUGUAUUUAAUGUUAUACCAAAAUAGUUAUUUUAUAGAGAAAAGAAAACGAUCUUCGCAUCUAUCAUUUGUAUUAUAGUAUCAUAUAUUUUUGGUUAAAUAUACUCAUAUUCAAAAUUAUGUUUAUUGCAUUAUAUUCUAAAGUGAAAUUACAAAUUUCUGAAAGUUACAGCGAUGAACUUUAAAAUAAAUCGUAAAUAUUGCUAAAAGUUGAAUCGAUACAAAGAUCUAUGAAUCUUUUUAUUCUAUAACUUUUGAUAUGCGUCUUAAACAUGUAAAGAGAUGGAUUAGUGUAAUAUUAUAUAGAAAUAUAAAUAGCUUUUCCACCUUUCAUUCAUAUUUACUCUUUACUGAAAAAUAAUUAUAAGCAGAAGAAUUUUUACUUCUUCUUUCUAUUUUCACAUUAAUCAUGCAUAUUUAAAUCUUUGAUUAUUUUUAUUGUCAUGCGACUUUGAAAACUGAAGUAAUAAAAACUAGUUGUGAAUGAUUAAAUGAAUUCUUAACUUUUAAUAUACAUAUAAUUAUGUACGUGUGCGUGUGCGUUUGUGUGUAUGCGUUUAUACAUUACACACACGGAUCAUGUAUAUAGGGUGUUCAAAAAAUUGUGGUAGGAGCAAACAGAAGGUGAUUUCUUAAAAAAAUAGGAAUAAUAUAAUAAUAAGCUUAUAUGUAUUAAAGUAAACUGCAGAAAAGAAUAUAUGAAGCAGUUCUAAUAACUUAUAGAAAGAAAAAGAGACCAUAUUAGAGAUAAGAAGAAGAUUAAUUCAUUUAUUCUGAAAGUAAUUAAAACGCUCAAGUAAACAAAUAUGUCCAAUAAUAAAAUGUUAAAAAUAUUCAUGAGAUAUAUGAAAAACGUAUUUUAAAUGUAAGAGAGCACUUACUGACCUCUUAAGUUCAUUUAAAGAUUUUUAAUAAAGAUUAAAAAUUUACAGAAAUUGAAAAA